AUGGCUUCAUCUGACGGCGAAAAACCAAUUUCUACGCGUGAAAACACCGAAACCAAUGCCGGCUUUUCCGUCGUAAAAGGGAAACGAAUCAAGUUGAAUGAUCCGGCCACUUUGGCUUUUCCCCCAUUAUCGAUUGGUUUGGGUAAAGUUCCAAUCGAAGAAGCAAUGCCAAUCCUCUGCAAGGUAAUCAAAGAAUUUAUCGACAGCCAUAAGGACCAACGUUACUUUCUUGUUCUCGUUGAAGAGGAUCACGAGAUUUUAGAAUACUUUAGACAGGCAAGUGGAAAUUUAUGGACUUUCAAAUCCGAAAUGCCUGAUCAUUGUGAGCUGACUAGAGAUGAACGACUACUUCUCAGGAAAGAUGUGUUUGAUGAUCAAGCAAUGGAAGAUGAUCGAAAGUGCAGGUUUAUUGCGUGCGAGACUACCUGGAGGCUGAAACCUGACGUAACACCUUUCAGCCGAAAGGUGUACAAAGCCGCAGGAUCUGACCUUGCUAAGAGAAUAAAGGAGGCUUAUCCCCAGCCUGGCGCACUUGGCGAGGCCUAUCCAGUUUCGCUCCCGCCAGAAAGUAAUAUCCGCAAGAACAAAGGCAUCGAACAGAUAAUCUAUGUCGUCGCUCCAAACAUGAAUCCCGCCCGAUCUGAUCACCUGCCGCUCGACGAAGCAAAAAAGUCGCUGACGAAAUCUUAUCAGUCAAUGUUGAACGCAUUUUGGUCUGUCGCUAAUGACAAUGACUAUUCUCCAUCGAAUUCACUUGUUACGGAACAUAAUGAAAAGAAGAGGAAAUCAUCGGUCGAAAUUCCAGUAGCAGCCGCAAAAAGUUCACAAAUACAUCAGCCUCGUAACGAAAGAUCUUUGUAUAGUAACGAUUGGUCGAGGGUUCUUUGGGAGUAUUGUUCAAACCCCGAAGCAUUUCCCUCAGACAUAGUAUACCAUUAUGAUGACGACGUUGUUAUUACAUGGGACAAGUUCCCAAAAGCACAAAAGCACUUGUUAGUGAUGCCACGUCGGAGGAUCGAGUAUAUCGAUGAUCUGAAGAAAAGUGAUAUUGAUACAAUCGAAUUAUUGAAAAAGAAGGGACAGUGGGUAAUAGACAGGCUCAAGGAAGAAAACGCAAAACUUGAUUUUCGUAUGGGAUUUCACGCCAUGCCUAGUAUGAGACAACUGCACAUGCACGUAAUAUCUCAAGAUUUUAAUGCACCCGCUCUCAAAACCAAAAGGCAUUGGAACUCGUUCACAACGUUUUUCUUUAUUCCAGUUGACAACCUUUUAGAUGUGCUCAGAGGGAAAGGCGAAGUUACGAUUGAUAAUGAAUACUAUAACCGGCUGCUUAAAGGUCGCUUGAGAUGUCAUCGAUGUGAGAAAGAGUUUAAGACGAUGCCCAUGCUGAAAGAUCAUAUUCGACUACAUUGGGAAUAA